UGGUUUGAAGUUUCCGGAUAAACGCGCGCGAGUAAACAGCCAGGUAGCCAAAUGGCUGAAAAAUUAUAGCAUGUGGCAGUUCCAUGGAGAAGAAAAAUAUUGAAUUAUUGUGGCUCAUAAUUCCUAUAUCAGUUACUCUAACCAGUUAUGUAAACUAGGUGUAGAGGUGUGUUGUGUCACCGCAUGCACAACAGGUAGUCAGACAGAGGUUGGCAACCAAAGCAUUUGUCUAACUAUAAAUCAGAGUAUAUAUGCUAUACAGUAGGAGGAAUAAUUAUGAAUGGCUUCGCAGUUGCAGUUUUUCUUCAGGUCAUGCAUCAGACCGUUGCAGCAAAUGGGCGCUCGGAUGAAACUACUGUAGCUGGAACACUGGGAGAGAAUAUUAUACUUCCGUGUUGGAACACUGCGACCAAUGUGACCCCCUCAUUCACGCGAUGGAUGACGAAUGGCCAGUUUACCAUUGAACGCAAUCAUUCCAUUAUAAUUCCAAUAUCCCCAAGUGAAGGGCACCUGACCAUACUGUACAAUCAAAGCUUGUACAUCAACAGAAUUAAUCUAUCAGAUGAGGGGACCUAUCUCUGUGAUUCUUUACCCCAUAACAACAAAACUCAAACAAGUCUCACAUUGCAAAUAGUCAGUGGUCCUGAUAAUAGCAUCAUAGACAUCCAGCCAGCCACGCCUCUUUCCAACGGAACCCUCUUUGUUGUCAGGGGUUCCACGGUGUCAUUCAACUGUUCCAGCUUGUCCUACCCCUCCCAGAGCCUGUCCUGGGGGUUUCAGGGUGUGGCGUCCAGUAAUGACUCUCUGGCGGUGGGCAGUGGGUCAUGGCUGGACUUCAGGAUAGAGGAUGUUCAGCCCACAGCUCAGGGGAACUACAGCUGCAGAGCCCAGAACUCAAUCUCCCAGAAGGCUGCUGGCUCUAGCACAGAGCUGCUUGUAUACUAUUCCCCAGAGAGGCACCCAGAGUGUCUGUGGAACACAGGGAAGGAUCCGUCCCAUGUCCAAUUCAGCUGUAGCUGGUUUGGAGGCUACCCCUCUCCCACGUUAUUCUGGGGGGAGAAGCAUCAGAAGUCAGGGAGCCAUGGGAAGCAGGUGGCUGGACAACUGAUGGAGUCGGAGGAGACAGAUAAUCUGGUGGUGAAUCUGAACAGGUCGUUGUUGUUCGAUGGGCAGAUACUGAAGUGUAGUGGGCAUCACCCUACGAUAAGUCCAGGAGAGGAUAAGUUCUGCUCCUUCACCCUGAAGUCCCCCUAUCCUGAAGGGGAACCACUAGUCACAGUGGUAGAAGGAACCAACGUGACAUUAACGUGUACAGAGUCCAUCUCCCUGCCUCCAGCCCUCACCAGAUGGCAGAGGACAGCCCAGCAGGAGGACGUAGUCUCCAGCCCUAAGUACGUCCUGUCAGAGCAAGGCCCCACCUUCACCCUCACUAUAGUCAACAUCACCAAGCAGGACGAGGGCUUCUACUUCUGCAGGAGCGAGAACCCACUGAUGGUCCGCGAGUUGGAGAUCUAUUUAACAGUUAAAGCCACCUCUCAAUACACUGGAGCAAUCAUAGGGAUAUUCCUAGCUAUUUUGAUAGUAGGAUCUGGCAUUGUUAUUGCUAAAACAAUAUACUCCAACCGUGACCGAAUAUGCCUGGGUAAUGGAUUUGAGCAAAUGGGGGAGAGAGGAGAUGUGUUGAGCCUGGUAGAGGCAGAUGAAGAGGAGGUGUUUCAUGAAGCUAUACCCAGACUGCCACCUCUGCCUCUGACCAACGGACACAAUACUACACUUGUAGAGAUACACACAAUACCAUCCAUUGACCACGAAGAUGCAGAAAUUCUUGAACAUCCAUUACAGCUAGAAGAUAGAGAUAUCGAUGAACUUGUCACGUUUUAGGACAGUUCACGCAUUUAUCAAGAGAAUAUCCCUGGUCAUCCCUACUGCCUCUGAUCUGGCAGACUCACUAAACACACAUGCUUCGUUUGUAAAUUAUGUUUGAGUGUGCCCCUGGCUAACCGUGAAUUAAAAACAACAAGAAAAUC